AUUGCUGAGUUCAAGCUGAAGUGAUUGGCUUAUGCUGCGAUGAGCAAAAGAGAAUAUGGAAACCUUUGCUCGCGAACUCGCGGUCGAUUGGACGCAGAACAACCGACUAUAUUGUUUAAGCUCUAUAAAGUAGAUGUGUUCACAUGUUACGAUCGAGCCACAGAGCGCAAUGUACGACAUGCCAGGCUGUCUAUCGAGAGUUGUGACAUUGACUUGAGUGUCUGUACUUUACGGUGGUACCAUUACUGAAGAAUCGUCACAAUGUGACAACAAAGGUAACUUUUCUACACGUUAGCACUCAAAUAUAGGGAACGAGAAACAUAUGGAAAUGCAUCUGCCGAAAAUCUUGCUCACAAUUUGGCACUUUUUCAUACAGAUAUUUGAUUCGAGUUUUAGCAAUAGCUUUGACGUCAUAUAAUCAUUUCGCACUGAUAAAAGAACCGAGAAUAUGGAGGAUGGAUUUAUGCCGACCAGUUUUAAUUGCAAAAUGUGGCAGAAGCGCGAGUUAAUGAACAGCUACUUGUUUAGUUACGAAGGCACUUUGCAAAAUGACAAUUCCGUCCACUGCCUGUGAUCUUCAUCCACGGGCUUUUCAAUUCUUUUGUUCAAGAAACGAUGGAGCAAGGACAUACAAAAAGGUCGGACAGGGUAUUAAUUGUGAGUGUCAGCUCAGCUCAGAUGACAGGAAUACUGAUCUAUCGUUUGCGAUGAAACCUCGCAACCUCAAGCAUGAAUUUUGGCGCACAUGAAAUUAUUGCUAUCAACCUUACAUUCUUUAACAAGUGGAAUCAGGUAAUGCGGUUCAAUUCUCUCCACAUUGCAUGUGUCGAAUACUUUUGAUCACUUGUUCACGUAUUGCCCUUCUCGGCAUAACAAUCGAAUUCAAACGCGACAACUCAUAAGCAUAAAUGGUCGAUACGAUUGGAGCACAUCGGCUUUGUUUACUUAGUUGCAUUCGGUGACAGUUCGACGAUAAGGCUUUGAUCUGGAUCGUAAUUGAAAAUAGCUUUCAAUACUACGCGCAUGCAGCCUCCCGACUCUUACCCUAAAUCAUUCCGAUCAUCGGCCUCAAUCUUGUUUAAUAAAGUUCAAGAUCUAAUUUUUGAUCAUGAAAGCCUACAAAGGGUAGUUUCUGCUAAGCAAAACUUGUGAAAAGUGGCACUUUGUCUAUGAACUUGUGGCACAUUGAUUUAUCUGGCAGAGACAUUAAAAACUAUGCCUUUACCAAAUGCAUUAGUUUAUCCGUUGUGAGCAUCAACAUUUUGGGGCGU